AUGAGACCACUCCUAGAUAGUUUUGCUGAAGAGGAGAUGCGCUUCACCACUGCCACCUCGACGGACAGCUCUGCACCGCUCACAGCCGCGCACACUGACGAGGCCGUAAAGAAGGACAUGAGAGGCGACCUAGGAUGUCAACUGUCCAAAGACCCAGAUGUCCCUCUCACAAUCAUCCUCUUCAGCACCAUUGUACCCUCAACAUCUCUUGGGCAGAGUACGCAGGCGGCGCCCACAGGCUCCUUGCAGAUGGUGGAGUCUAUGGCUUGCCCAGUUGACGCGGCCACACAAAUGCAUACUCUCAUAUCCUGGGAUACGCCCGAACUGAGUCUCUAA